CGUCGCUGGGCAACAGUUUUUGGCAACGAGGCUGCUGCGUUAAGUCGUUUUUCGAAAAAUCUGUGAAAAUUUUUCGCACGCCUGUCGCAAACCAACCAACUAACCAACCAAUAAAUAAUACCGCUGUAAAUAGCAUAACCAAGUGCGUGGAAAAUUAUGUGUGCGUGAGAAAAUUUUAUGACGCAUACUAUACCCGCAUAGGUGUAAUACCGCCAACGAGUUGUCUUUGGCAAAAAAAAGUGCGCAAAUAUUUUGCAAGUAAUAUAUAGUACGAAAUUUUGAAAAUUAUUCGGAAACAUCCAAUAAGCUGUUUGGCAACCCAAUCCGAGUUUAGUUUUUUGCGGUCUUCUGUGUUCUCAGACACGCCAAAAAAGUCAGUGAAGUGUUAAAGAAACAACAACACCAAUAAUAAUAAUAAUAAUAAUACUUGCGAAACUCUGUGCUACGCCUCAACAAAAGAACUUGGACAUUUCAGCGGACAUAACGAAUGAUUUGGAGCAGAAAGUAUAUCAACAAUAAGUCAGUGACGACGCGCAAAGGUUUUUGCAGUCAUAUAUUCUAUGAGCAAAACAAUCCUACAAGGAAUAAUGCUUAAGCCUCUAGUAGUGCACAUUGUAACAAUAUGCCUGCUAUUAUCGAUUGUUAACUCCGGUGUGCCAAUUGGAACUGGUGGACCAUCGCUUAUUUUUGAAAACAAAGAUGCGCUGCUGACGUGUGUUGUAUCAGAGAAUGCGGCCAAUAAUACAGUAAUAUGGAAGAAGGGUGACGAAAUACUCACGGCGGGCACCGUGCGUGUCACGAAGGAUCAUCGCAUAAGAGUUCUACACGAUGACAAUCCCAAGUCUCCCAAUUUGGAAACGGGUGGUGAAGUGUGGGUGCUUUUAAUAAAGACGCUAAAGACAAGUGAUUCGGGUGCCUAUAUAUGCGAACUGAACUCUGAACCAGUACUGCGAAGCAUACAUAUACUGACAGUGAAGGAACUGCAGCCGGCAUCUGGUGCGCCAACCAACAAUACAGACGCUGUGGCCUCCGAAUCGAGCGAUGUGUUCCUCAUACCACCUCCGCUCGAUGCUCAGGAUAAUCGUAGUUUCUGGCGUCCCAGCCAGGUAUUGCCACAAUUGACGCACGACUUCACCGAGUGCUGUGAGCGGGCGAAUGUUUCCGCCCAGUGCAUGGGCUUCUGCAAUGUGCACAACAUACUCGACGGCACGACGGGCAUAGACCCGGAGGCCUGUGAGCGGGACUUUCCCAGCAUUGUGCGCUGUAUGGCCGACGGCCGAAAUCAUGUGCCGUGCUGUGUGGAGAAGCAGAUUCCCGAUUUGUGUCAGGACAUGUGUCGCGGCGAGUACACACCGUUCACGGACAAGCUGAAGACACGCGUCUCUUGCGUGCAGCACACACUGAGCGGCCUACAGUGCAUAUUGAAGGGCGUUCAAUUAAUACCGAGCACUCCCACAGCCGUGAGUGCCGAUGGCGUGAGCGAGACGAGUGCACGCAUCAGCUGGGCACCGCCAGAGAAGCUAGCCGAUCGCCUCAUGCACUACACCGUCAAUCUGACCAUGCUGCACAAGUUCGAUGAGGAUGAGGUUACCGGCGAGGUGGUCCACAAGGCCACUGACCCGGCAGAACAAGUCACACUCCACAAUGUGCAGGCGAACCAAACUUAUUUGCCGCUCGACGGACUGAGUCCGUUGACCAUGUAUGCUGUUGUAGUGACCGCAGUUAAUGAAUACGGCUCGAGCUUGCCCAGCGAGCGCCUACGCUUCUUCACCCACAUCAGCGCUUCGGCCGCCGAGGCCGAGGCGGGCAAUACCGACAAACAGCAGAUGCCCAGUCUGCCCGAUAUACGCAGCUGCUGCGAGGCGAACGGCAUGACGCAUCGCAUGUGCCUGGACAAAAUGUGCGAUCCGCAGAAGACCGAUCUGGCCACACUGCCCGACUUUAUGGUCUGCGCGCCCUGGUCCAACAUUACGUUCACUUGCCUAGCCAACGAGAUCGAUCAUACGCCCUGUUGUCGCGCACGCGGCAUUCCCGCUGCCUGCUUUCCCCUGUGCGCCGGCAAGCUAACCACCCUGGACUUCAGUCUAUUCAAAUGCCUGCGUUUCAUGUCUGAGUAUAGCAGCUGCUUGUUCCAGGGCUAUGGGGUGCUGGCCGAUCCGCCUUCGAAGUUGCGGACGGUGGCCAAAACGGAUAAUUUUGUAAUUUUAGAUUGGAAUAAGCCGAAGCGUCUGGCCGAUACAGUCAGCACAUAUCAUGUCAAGUUUCGACGUCUCGGCGUUGGUGAUGACUAUCUGACUGUGCAGAAGCGCCUGCCGCCACUCAUACUCGAGGGCCUCGAGCCGGAUGUCUACUACGAGUUCUAUGUGGUCUCAAUUAAUGCCUACGGCAAGAGCGAGCCUUCGCCACGUCUGAUUACACGCACCCAGCCCGCAGAGCCGGCCAAAGACACGACGGCCAAAUACAACAUGACAACGUGUUGCCAGGCAUCUGGACUCCUGCCCCAAUGUGCGCCCCUCUGCUCCUACAAUAUACGCCUGUCGGACAUCGAGCGUCUCGGACCGGCAUGCCGUGCACAAAUGCCCAUUUUGGCGCGUUGCGCCGCCGGUGGACGCGAUCAUACACCCUGCUGCAGUCGACGGGGCGUUAUCAAUGCCUGCAUGCCGCUCUGCCGUGGCGUCAUGCCGCCAACACUGACAACUAAAUCGCCAGCGGGGUCAACGGCUACGUCAUCGGCAGGAGCGGGCGCAGGCAUAUCGACAUCGGCUGCCACAUCAGCAGGAAAUGCGCCCGAUUGUUUGUCAUACGCGGGCAAUAUCCUGCAGUGCUUUGAGGAAGGCACACAGAACAUACCCGGCCCACCUGAAGAUGUGCACACCACAAUGGUUGGCCAAACAAGCAUCAGUCUCGCCUGGACGCCGCCCGAUGUGGGCGACAACAACAAUAACAGCAGCGGCACGCCAGCUGACGCGAUAACGGGCGAUGAGUUGGCUGCCGCUGCAGCAGCUGGCAACCCAAACCCAAACAUGAACAGCGAACUUGCAACGUCAGCGGCGCCAGCCGCACAGCAGUCGUCGUCCGAGUCCGGCGCCACAAGUGUGGCAGAUGAUAUUGAUUUUAUUGUACAAUACGGCAAAGUCAAUAACAUGACCAUGUACGAGACAGUUGCCAAAUUGGAAAAUGAAUUGACCACCAAUGAGACCAGCGUGGAUUUGACAAAUUUGGAAACGAAUGCCUUAUACCGCAUUAUGGUCGUGACGCGUGGAAAAUUUGGCACAUCGCUACCAUCGUCCAUGCUGCUGAUAAAUACGACAUCGACGAAUGCCAGUGGCGAAAAAGAGAACGGCUCACAACAGCCGCCGAUGAAUGCCACCUGGGGUGCACCCUCGCCUCCCCAUUCAUUGGCAGUGGUGGCUCACAGCGCCACAUGGAUGCAAUUGACUUGGCAGCCACCGGAAUAUUCGCAUCCACAUGAGCGCAUAACCUACAGAGUCUAUCACAAAGCCAUGAAAUCGCAGCAAUUCAAUAAGAUUGAAACGAAGCUCGCUUGGCUGCGCAUGAACAACUUAAAGCCCAGUUCACAGCAUGUCCUCUAUGUGGAGGCGGUGGGCGAGCGGGCGACCUCGUUGCCAUCUGAAACACUGGUGGCCUGGACAGAUCCCGCAUUGCCAGCUUUCGUAGACCCCCCGACCGUGCAUCCCGCUGACAAUAUACCCGAGGGCGGCUCGAUGACAAUUCUGUGUCUGGCACUCGGCAAUCCAGCGCCCACCAUAUCGCUUUAUGUGGGUGGCCACCUGGUGCGCCAGGACACGUCCAGGCACAUGGUGACGGUCAUACACAAUGUGUCGGCGGAUAUGGAACAUGUCUCCUGCUAUGCGGACAAUGGCUAUGGAGUGCCCAUGCAGGCCACCAGGCGCGUCAAUAUCUGCUAUUCGCCCAAGAUACAAGCAGCCGGCAUUACCGUGGCCUCCGUGGGCGAUGAAGUCGAGUUGCGCUGCACAGUGGACUCCAAACCGGCGCCCAAGACCAUAUUCUGGCGGGAUCAUGACGGACGCGUUCCCGUCAUCCAGGGCGGGAAUUACGACAUAUCGGUGCGUGUCAACGUCUCCCGGCCAACAAUCUACACCAUGUCGCUGCGCAUCAGCAAACUGCAGGCGAACGAUGUCGGCGACUAUUUCUGUCAUGCCGAGAAUCCUUUCGGUUCCUCCACCACGCCUGUCUCUGUGCGUAUCCGCAAUACGCCGGCCCUCAAUCGUAAUGUAUCCGAAUGCUGUGCCGCUCAAAAUGUGUCGCUGCCCUGCCGCAGUGCCUGCAGCUAUUAUGUGGAUUUCGAUGCCAUUGCCGACAAGCCCGAGUGCAUUGUGGACUUUGACAAGCUAAUGAAGUGCGCGGCCGAUGGCUCCGAUCAUCGUUCCUGCUGUGCGGACGAGAAUGUGCCGCGCAAGUGCCUCAACUGGUGUCGUGGCGAGUCUGUGCGCUCCAAGGAGAUCUGCAGCCUGCAAUACGCACGCACCAUUGUGGGCUGCUUCGAGAAGAAUCGGGAUCGCUUGCCCGGCCCACCCGAGAAUAUAGUCGUCAGUGUUAUAUCCGACAGUGAGGUGAAAAUCAAAUGGGAUGCGCCAACAAAGAAUCCAAAUGCCGUUGACGGCUAUAGAAUAUUUUACCAUGAGGCCGCCGUGUUGCCGCCACCAUCGUCCUCCUCCGUCACAUCUUCGCCGUCGUCGAAUCCAAGCGAAUCAUCAAUGGAGCUCAACCAGCAAUCGGGCGCAGGAGCGAGCUUGGGCAUGGGCAUGGGCAUGGGCAUGAGCGUGGAUGCCAUGAAUAAUGCAACAAGUAUGAACAGCAACAACAAUAACGUUGUGGCUGGUGCUUUAGAGAUACGCCGCAUCGAUGUAAAGGACACAACAAUAAGCAUUAAUGGGCUCAAGAAGGAUGUGCUCUAUGAGCUGGUGGUGAAGGCUGGCAAUACAUACGGUGCCAGUGUCCUCAGCGAGCCGAUUAGAUUCACGCUCGGCGACCACCAUGUGACCUCGGCGAGCAGCAGUUACUCGAGUGCUGUGGGCACCAUCAGCGGCAUUGUGGCCAGCAUUCUGGCCAUAUUGCUGGCUGCGGCCGCCAUUGUGUUCUAUCGGCGGCAGCGUGCCAAUCACGGCAAGGCGGGCAACGCCAACGUCGCAUUCGAGAAUCCCACCUACACACGUGGGCUCGAACAGGUUCAGCUACCCACUGUGACAUCCGCCAUCACAACACAGAAUGGCGGCAGUGGUGGCGGCUUUGGUGGUGGCGGCGGCAUCACACACAGCGGCAGCAGUGGCACCCAUAAUGGUAUUGCCGCCACAAUGACAACAUCGACAACAACAACAGCGCCAACGGCGGCGGCAACAACACAGGGAGCGUCAAUGGCAACGGGAACGGCGGCGGCCCUAACGGGGACCACGGCCAAUGGCGGCAGUAGACAGCAUCCGCAUCAUCAGAAGCAGCGCAAUGGCGGCCAUCGUGGUGCCACAGAUGCGGCGCAUCAUUUUCACAACCCACUCAGCAACACGCAGUGCAAUGAAGUAAAUCCCACAAUUUAUGAAGAGCUCAAACUUGGCCAAGAAGGUGCUGGAUUUAAGAAACUUGUGCCAUAAAUGACAAACGCGCACAACACACAAGAAAAAAAAAUAAUAAUAAUAACAGCAACACCAACACCAACAACAAUAAUAAACGCAACAGCAACAAACAGACACACCAAGCUCCAAUAUACCUAGAGAGCUUCUAUACAUAGAUACACACACACACACAAGCACAUGCAUAUGUGUAUACAUACGAUACGCUAAAUGUAGACAUAGGCCGUGUAAACAGCGCCUAGCGCAAACGCACACACACACAACACUAACAACAAGAAGAAACCCACACUUAGACACACACAUACACAUAUGUACACAUAGAUACUGGCACACAGUGACAUCUUUACAGUAUGCAUUGAGAGAAAAAUUUGGGUAAUUUUGCUUAGUAAAGUGUUUGCAAAAUAAAUGAACAAAAACAAAUACAAGUACGAGUACACAAAACGUGAAUAAUAUUUGGGUAGCGUAACGUAAUAAAUUUUUAGUAUGUAACUGUGAUUGAAAACGAUGUAAAAUAAAUUUAAUUGGUAAUGAAAAUGUAAAAACAAAUGAUGAAGGAUUGAAUACCAAUGAAUAGUAAAAGUA